AUGGAUUCCGACGAGUUUGUUGGAAUUUUUUCCUUCACCGUCCGUCGAUCAGUCCAGCCACCGACGAAGUCUUCAGCAGAUCUACAACACGUGAAUGGAGGCUGUCAUAACCUAAGCUCGCCACCGGAACCGAAUCCUCUAGACCCGCCAGAUUCUCCUUCUCUUACCGUGUUUGUAUUUGCUCAUUACCCUCGGCUGCUCCCUCAUCUUCCACCAGCAAUUACAAAGAAAGUUCAUUCACUGAGAUCUCACAAGCAUACUCUUAAGAAAACGGGUUUGGGAUCUGUAACUACAAUCUUUCUCGCAGUCAAAGUGCUCCGCGACGACACAUUCUCCAGCCUGCCGGAUUCCUUCACCAAGUUGGCCCAGUUUAGUUGGUAUACUUGUCUUUUUUUGGCCAUUCUUGGCUAUUAA